AUGGAUGAAUCGACGCAAAUGGAUGUGACAGCUUGUAAUGACACAACGUGCUCUGACACCACAUCCACUCCGGAGCAGAAUUUCGUUAUCGGAGUAUAUAGCAUACUGUUAGUCAUUGGAGCUGUUGGAAAUGUGGCUGUGCUGAUCUCCUUACUUCGAAACAGGCGAAGGAAGUCCAGGGUCAGCCUUCUCAUGACGCAUCUCGUCAUAGCAGAUAUGAUCGUCAUAUUCUACUUUAUUCCUCUGGAGAUAGGAUGGCGAAAAACGAACGCUUGGCUCGCUGGGAACGUCGCCUGCAAAUUUCUACAAGUCUUCAGAGGGUUUGGACUGUACCUGUCUUCGAACGUGUUAGUCUGCAUUUCUGUUGACAGAUUUUUUGCUAUAAUAUAUCCAUUGAGGUUGGCCAUCGCUAGAAAAAGGAGCAAGAUGAUGCUUUACGUAGCUUGGGCGUUCGCUUUAUUGCUUAGCCUGCCACAGAGCGCAGUAUUUCGUGUAAUGGAACACCCGCAAAUACCGGACUUCAAGCAGUGCGUUUCCUUUGAAGCCUUCUCGAAUCAUCAGCAAGAGUUAGCGUAUAACGUCAUUUGUCUUAGCGCGAUGUAUUUCGUGCCUCUGUUAGUAAUAACAAUAUGCUAUUUGUGCAUUUUCUACAAGAUAUCGAGGAACUCAAAACAGAAUUCAGAAAAGGAACCGCCGUCAAAUAGCCGGCGUGUUAUCCUACGUCGGUCUGACCAGCGACCCUUAGUUCGCGCUCGACGGAGGACUUUACGGAUGACAGUCACUAUUGUCACUGUCUUCGCUUGUUGCUGGUUUCCUUACGCUACUAUGACAUUAUGGUACAUGCUGGACUGGGAAUCAGCUAUGCGUGUUCCAAAGCGAUUACAAGACUUUUUCUUCAUCAUGGCUGUGUCAAACUCGUGCAUGGACCCCCUGGUGUAUGGCUCCUACACCGUGGACCUUAGAGCUUUAAUUCUGGCCCUACGGAAGAUAUUCUGCAUACGCAAGGAGCCUACAGUAUUGCCAGGAAUCAAAAGACCCGAAACGAUAACUCUAGUGGACCAGCUUCGUAUUUCGCAAUCAAGAAAACGAGUUCGUCUUUCGAAUCCGCGUGAUGACCUGACUACCCCGAGAACAAGCUCCGAGCCUUUUGCAUACCGCGCCCACCAUUCAUUUAGUGAACGAGCGAUCAUCAUGAAACCAACACACAGCUGCGACGAUUUCACAUUAAGUUCGCCAAAAAAAUGGUAUUCCGCUUAG